ACUUGCUUUUGAGAUUCGACCACUAGGAAUAAUUGAUCAUGAGGAGUCUCUCCGGGGCCUCCUUCCUUCUCUACAUCCUCAUCCCUCUCCUCGGCCCCUCCAAUGGAGCGGACACCUGGACUCUUCACCACCCCCUCGCUGACGACGGGCAACCCUUGAUCUCCAAGGGCGGCAGCUUCGAGUUGGGCUUCUUUAGCCCCAACGGUUCUGACAGCCGCUAUAUCGGGAUAUGGUACCACAAGAUCUCAGUCCAAACGGUGGUGUGGGUCGCCAAUCGCCAGCGUCCUGUCACCGGCAGCCAUGGAAGCCUAUCGGUGGCGGCCAACGGAACGCUCGUCAUCACCGGCGAGAACUCGACCGUCGUCUGGUCCUCGCCGUCGCUCGGGCUUUCGCACCCGGUGGCGCUGCUCCUCGACGAUGGGAACUUUGUCGUCAGGGAGGCGGAUGCUAAUCCUAGUGAUCCGAACAGCUUUGCGUGGCAGAGCUUCGACUACCCGACCGACUCGCUCCUGCCGGGUAUGAAGUGUUGGGAAGAAACCUCUCACAUAUGGGCUGGACCCAACAUGAAGCUCGGGUGGAAUCUGACGACCGGGAUCAACCGCCAGCUCACGUCGUGGGCGAACGCCAGCGACCCGGCGCCGGGCGAGUACACCUUCGGCAUCGAUCUGCGCGGCGAUCCCCAGGUCUUUGAAUGGUCAGGGACGGAUCAGAUGUGGCGCGCCGGGCCAUGGAACGGGCUGUGGCUCACCGGCGUCCCACAGAUGACGUCUUACAACAAUAUCUCGUUUCAGUUCUCCGUCGACGCCACCCAGGUCGUCUACGUCUUCCACAUGAUCGACGUAUCGAUCGUCUCCAGGCUGUUCAUGAACCACUCCGGCAAAGUGGAGCGACUGGUGUGGGUCGACGACAGCAAGUUAUGGAACCCUCUCUGGUCCAACCCCAAUGACCUAUGCGACAACAUCUUCCCGUGCGGUCCCAACGCCGUCUGCGACCCCAGCAUGUCGCCGCGGUGCAGCUGCCCGCAGGGGUUCCAGCCGAAGAAUUCGACCAACUGGGGAUUCAGGUACGGCUCCGACGGGUGCGUGAGGAAGACGGAGGUGGACUGCCGGUACGGGACCGACGGGUUCGCCUUAGUGAGCGGCGUGAAGCUACCGGACUCGUCGAGCUCGACGGUGGAAUGGGUCGGCAAGACCCUGGACCAGUGCAGAGCUAAGUGUUUGAAGAAUUGCUCGUGCACGGCCUACGCUCAAGCCAACAUCAGCGGGAGCGGCAGCGGGUGCAUACUGUGGAGUACUAAUCUCACGGACCUGAGGGUGUACGGCAACGGAGGACAGGAUCUCUAUGUCAGGGCGGCGGCCGCCGAUCUAGGUAUGUCAGAGAUGGCCAUCUCCUUGACAGAGCGACACAACGAUGAAGGAACAGAAGCGAACGACUUGGACCUCCCAUUGUUCGAUCUGGGAACGGUCGCCGACGCCACAGGCAACUUCUCCAUAGAAAGCAAGCUCGGCGAGGGGGGAUUUGGUCCCGUGUACAAGGGAAAGCUGGAGGACGAGCAAGAGAUAGCUGUGAAGAGGCUGUCCAAGACAUCGGUGCAGGGCAUCGAUGAGUUCAUGAACGAGGUGGUGCUGAUCGCCAAGCUGCAGCACCGUAACCUUGUUCGCCUUCUUGGUUGCUGCAUUCAAGGAGAAGAAAGGAUGUUGAUCUACGAGUACAUAACCAACGGAAGCUUGGACUCCUUCCUCUUUGAUAAAGCCAAGGGUUGGUUGCUGAACUGGCCAACGCGUUACAGCAUCAUAGUUGGGAUUGCUCGAGGCCUUCUGUACCUCCAUCAGGAUUCCAGAUUGAGGAUCAUCCACAGGGAUCUGAAAGCUAGCAACAUUCUUCUCGACAUGCACAUGAACCCUAAGAUAUCUGACUUCGGCAUGGCAAGGAUAUUUGGAGGGGACGAAACGGAAGUAAACACCAAGAGAGUCGUCGGAACAUAGUAAGACUUCAAGAACACAUAAUACACGAACUUGUAUUGGCAUGUGCAU